GUUCAGAAGAAUUGCAAGCUCAUGAUUUAUUUGAAAAAAUUUUUUCUGAUUUUGAAAUUCAAGUUUCUUUACCAGAUCUAAUGCAUAAAAGUCUUUUGAAAAGAAUUGAUGAAUUAGAAAAUCUUAAUAGUCAAGAAAAAAAUACGAUUGAUGAAUUGGUAUAUAAUCAAGAUCAAACAGGAUAUAAGAAAAAAUGCUUAGUUUGUCAAACUUCUAAUAUCAAUAAUAAGAAGCGGAUUUAUCCUAUAUGCUGUAGUAAAUUACCAACCAUUGCUAAGAUAAGUCAGCAAUCUAACGAACUACUUGAGAUUAUAAAUACCAUCGAAAAACUACUAGUUAUUCAUUCUCAUACAUUUAAAGGAUCAAGUAAACCACAAGCUGGAUAUACCACAAAUAUUUAUUCCAGAUCUAAUAGGAAUUAA